AUGCCGUAUUAUUUUUACAGAAACAUGCAAUACAUCGAGUUACGGAGCAUGAAAUUUUUUCUCUGAGAGAGAUAACAAGGAAUACUUCCUCUUUAAUUUUGGAACAUUUAAGGAUUCAAGCAAUGGAGGCUUCAAUUAUGUACCGAUAUAUGCGUAAGGGAAGUAUACUUACUACUGAGAGCACACUUUUUAAAGUUUUAUUACCUCUCAGUCAAGUAGAUUGGAGAAAAUCUUUAGAAAUUCUUAAAAAGUUAAGGAUUGAAGUUAAAGACAAGGCGCUUACAUAUGAACGAAAACAGUUACUUUUGAAGGCGUACGAGGUUGUGUUUAUAUCUUGCGCUACAGAUAAUCAAUGGGGCGUUAUUGGAAAACUUAUCGAGUUGCUCAACAAUGAGGAGCUUUCUUUUUUUAUUCCAUUUUCUCGACUUAUCGAUAUUUGUCGUAUUAAUAGUUAUUAUAAAACUGCACAAGAAAUUUUUGAUUGUAUGAAACAGGCGUUAUCUUUUCAAGUAGAUAAUAAUACUGUUUCGAUAAAAUCGCUUCAGGGUUAUAAGCCCUGCCUGGAUGAGCCUCAUCUAGUAAAUGUAAUUCCGCUUCACCAGAUCGUGGAAUCUUAUGCCUCUUUAAUUGGAAUAUAUGCAAAAGUAGGAAAAUUUAAAGAAGCUCUUGACUUUUAUGAUGAAUUAAAAUCACUUCACACUCCUAUCCCAAUGAAGCCCUCCCUUUUUUUGAGCGUUUUGGAAGCCUGCAGAGAUGGCCCUUUAGAAUUAGCUAAAGAGACCUUUUCUCUCUAUAAUAACAAUAGUGAGAGUGGUGAGAUUUGUAAAGAUCUUCAAAACGAUUUUGUUGAGCCUUUUAGUUAUAGAACUAAAGAAUGUAUAAAAACACUUAAGAAGAAACAGGUUUUAUGGAAUAAAGAAUCUGUUUCCCGCGGGAUUCUAACGGCUUUGAUCCGCGCCCAUGUAAAACCGCGUGCUUUGGAAAGCGCUUUAGAGUACUUUGAAAACUUUAAAAGUACAAAAUCGGAAAUAAGCAAUGUGAUUGUUUCCUGCAUUCUUUUUUUAUUUCAAGAGGCUGAACUUUAUAGGGAAGCCAUUAAUUUCUAUAAACAAAAUCGGGAUGUUGUUUAUAAACUGGAUAUGGCGUCGUGUGAAAUUGUCAGGUACUGCGCUGAUGCGAAAGUAAAGAAGGAGAAUGCAUUAAAUAAGGAGGGACGUAAAGAGUUAUACCCUUACUAAGUUAUUAUUUGGAGUAAAAACUU